GGCCAAUAGAACGAGGGCUACUGUGGUACUUUCAAUCGUUUUUCUGGGCCAGAGUUUGCAGCAACGUCAUCGGAGAAACUGUGCGGUCGGACUACGAAACUACGAGCGCCGUUUGGUUGGCAACCGGAGAUCGACAGUGAGGGUUUUAAAGACCCUGUCUCAUGAACUGGAUUAUCAAAGACCCGUUUCAUGAACUGAAUUCUCAAAAAUCCUGUCUCAUGAACCGUGUUUGGUGCGUUCACCGCCAGGGACGACAGCCGGGGCAGCGAGCUCGGAUCUACCGCGGCUGCUCGGCGCAUUCACCGACUGCAGGAGGGAUAUCGGGGCGCGAAUAGGCAUUAUUUGCGGUGCCAGUUGGUCUCGGUAGGCCACAGCCUACAGCCCACGCAGCAUGGCCCUUCCCCCAUCCAAGUCGAAGCUGCGCGACUACCUCACCUCGGCCUGGAGAACGGACCCGGCGGAGCGCAGACUCGUGCGGAAGAUCGACUUCUUCAUCCUGACCUUCUGCUGCCUCAGCUACUUCCUCAACUACCUCGACCGCAGCAACGUCGCCAAUGCCUACGUCUCGGGCAUGAAGGAGGACCUCGGCUUCCAGGGAAACCAGCUGAACCAAAUCAACACGUGCUUCACCGUGGGCUACGUCCUCGGCCAAAUCCCGUCCAACCUCAGCCUGCACUAUGUCAAGCCGCGCGUCUUCUUCCCGGCCAUGAUGGUCGGCUGGGCCGCGCUGACGAUGCUGACGGCCGCGACGCGCUCGCCCCAGGCCAUCAUGGCCAUCCGCUUCUUCCAGGGCGUGGCCGAGGCGAGCACCUUCGUCGGCACGCACUACGUGCUCGGCUCGUGGUACACCGAGCGCGAGCUGGGCAAGCGCAGCGGCGUCUUCACCGCCUCGGGCCUCGCCGGCACCAUGAUCGGCGGCUUCAUCCAGAGCGGCAUCUACGCCAGCCUGGACAACCGCCACGGCCUGCGCGGCUGGCGCUGGCUGUUCCUGGUCGACGGCAUCAUCACCCUGCCCGUGGCGGUCUACGGCUUCCUUCUGUUUCCCGACACGCCGGCCACCACCACCGCGCCCUAUCUCACCGCCGCCGAGCGCGCCCUAGCCGUGUCGCGCCUCGAACUGCACGACCGGGCAGUCGAGCCCGCGCACGGAGCGGCGUACGAGGCCUCUUCCUCCGCCUCCUCCCCAGACCAUGACGGUAACAGCCAGCCGCACAGCAACAAAGACGCCUCCGACACCUCCCCGCUGACGUGGACCUUCGCGAAAACGGUGCUGACCUCGUGGGAAUGGUGGGGCUUCGUGGUGCUGUGGACCAUCGCCGGCGAGACCGAGUCGUUCUCGUCCAACUCGCUGCUCGCGCUGUACAUGAAGACGCCACCGUCGUCGUCGUCGUCGUCGUCGUCGUCGUCGCAGCAACCGGCCUACACGGUCCGGCAGCUCAACGACUACCCGACGGGCGUGCCGGCGGUGGGCAUCGCGUCGACGCUCUUCUGGGCCGCGCUGACCGACUUCCUCGGCGGCAAGCGCUACCUGGUGGGGUACUUCAUCGGGGCGACGGGCGUGGCGACCAGCGCGAUGGUGCUCGCGGCGCAGCGGAUGGUCGAGCGCGCGCCCGGCGGCGGAGCUGCCGAGGUCGAGGUCGGGCGCGCCACGGCCGUCGUGUUCGCCGCGUACUACUGGGCCGGCGCGGUGUACGCGUGCCAGGCGACCUUCUUCGCGUGGGCCAACGACGCGAUGCGCCGGCGGCGGGAGCCUGUGUUUCGGUCUGUCGUGCUGGCCGGCAUGAAUCUGGGGAGUAACGCCGUCAACGCGUGGUGGAGCAUCGUGUUCUACGGCGCGAGCAUGGCCCCGUGGUUUACGAAGGGUAUGUACGCCAUGAUUGCCACCUCUGUGGCCCUGGCUGUGUGGACCGCCGGUCUGUCGUACGUUUCGUCGAGGGCCGAGAGACUGAGUCGAAAGCACGGCGGGACGUGCCUGUCUAGCGGCGACGGCAGGGCGGCACAGGUAGAGAAUCAGCAUGACACGACUGGAGGAUGAAGUUACGCCUCACGAAAGCUCUCGGGAUCUCUCGUCGCAGUCUUCCUUCCCGUUUACACCGGUCAGUUUCGUCCGCUCUCGCGCGAACAGCACGGUGACGAGCGGUUGGGCUUACCCCUAUUUGGAAAGAAAGGACAUGCAGCAACCUGGGAUGCUGAAGUGAAGUCAUUAUGUCGCCGCAGGCCUCGUCCCUUGCAGCCUUGCAUCUUAAUCCCUCGUGAGU